CCGUUUCCAGGCUUCCAGCCCACAACCUGACAGCCGCGGCGAGACAAGUCAAGAUUCAAACCAACCCAACCCAACCCAACCGCCGUCACCGACGACGACCACCACCACCAUGGCGGCCAAGGCGGCGUUCCCCGCGCCGGCCGGCGACGAGCCGGCGAUCGGCAUCCCGUACCAUCCGGCGGCGGCGGGGGCCCAGGGCGGUUACUACUACGCGCCGGACCCCUACGCGGCGGGGAUGCCCCCGCCGAACGCGAUCUACGCCGGCGCGCCCAAGGGGGUGCCCCUGCAGCAGACCAUGUUCCGCGACACCCCCGCGCCAUUCCACUGCCAGGCCUGCGGCGCCGCGGCCGUCUCCUCCCUCCGGUCGAAGCCAAGUCUAGCAUCAGUUGUGGCUUGCAUGAUGCCCUUCAUGAUGGGCGUCUGCUUCCUUUGUCCUUCCAUGGACUGCCUCUGGCACAAAUACCACUACUGCCCCAGCUGUGGGGAAAAGGUGGCUGAGUUCAAGAAGUCGGAUCCGUGCCUCGUUGUGGAUCCAACUCGCUGGUCUGAACCGAGCUUCGCUGUGCCUGCGUAAGAACAUACCCUCUUGAUAUCCAAACCGUUUCCAUGGAUGAGAACUAUGCAUUGUUCUUGAGUGAUCUGCUCUGUACAUAGAGAAGGCAACUACCUUGUUGUAUACCAUAUAUAUGUAUCUAAACCGCUGUAUUUUCGCUAAAGUAAUGAACUGUUUAUUCAUGUUUGUCACUCGAUCAUCUGACGGGGUUCAAUUUAGACAUUUGCAUAUUUAUUCGCGGUUGCACCAAUUAUAUACAUAUCCAAUCCUAGCUAUGGGUUGGCAUCAUUUAAUUAUAAGUAAAUCAAUUGUCAUUCCUUAUUAUCAGUUUGUACUUCCGAAGGAAAAGAGUCAAGUUCUUUGGGGGGAGGUCUAACGCGCGAGUUGCUAAACGCGAUAAGAGCGAGUCAACGUGCGCCCACACAGCCUAGGAAUAACGUUGAUCUGCACCGGCAAGAUCAACAACCCACGGAGAGGUGUAUCGAUCGCUAAGGCGCAAGACAACAAUGUCUAGUACGGUUGUAAUCGGGUCGUCAAUAUUUCUCUCAAAUCGUAGUUAUCUCAACUCACUGAAAGAUCGGGCCAACAACAGCCUUGAGUGUCUCGAGUGGAGCUCAGGGUUCAUCAGCCUCUCUCUUCCUUGUCUCUCUCCCCCCUUCUCUACUCUGCAAGAUCGGCAGCCUCGGUGGCGUGCGUCGGCGGUGAUGGCGAUGACGGGGGACGCGGCGGCAGUGGGGGAAGGAGAUGUCGGCAGGCGGCGCGCGGACGGCGGAGGCAUGCUAUCUUGGCCAUGGUCUCGUCGGCCGCGCGUCGCCGCCGUGCACCUCUCCUUCUCCAGCUCCUCCAGCGCGACCUCCCUCCGCCUCCCCUCGGCCGCGAGCCACCGCCUCAACUGCUCCACACUGCGGCCCUCCUCCGCAUCGCCGCCAUUCACGUCACUGGCCGUCGUACACUCGUCUUCGUCCGUGUCGACCUCCUACUCCAGCUCAGCCUCGUCGGCCGCGGACGCCACCGCGCGCCUCUCCUUCUCUAGCUCCUCCAGGCUCCAACGCGACCUCCCUCCGUCUCUCCUCUGUCACAAACCGCCGCCUCAGCCGCUCCACGCUGCCGCCCUCCUCCAUGUCACCGCCAUUCGCAUCACUGGCCGUCGCGCACUCAUCUUCCUCCGCGUCGGCCUCCUGCUCCAGCUCGGCGGCCGCUGACGCCGCCGCGCGCCUCUCCUUCUCUAGCUCCUCCAGUGCGACCUCCCUCCAUCUCCCCUCGGCCGUGAGCCGCCGCCUCAGUCGCUCCACGUUGUCGCCCUCCUCUGCGCCGCCACUGUUCGUGUCACCGGCUGCCGCGCAUUCGUCUUCCUCUGCGUCAGCCUCCUGCUCCAGCUCGGCCUCGUCGGCCGCCGCGCACCUAUCCUUCUCCAGCUCCUCCAGCGUGGCCUUUCUCCACCUCCCCUCGGCCGCGAGCCGCCGCCUCAGCCGCUCCACACCGCCGCCGUCGUUCGCGUCACCGGCCGCUGCACACUCGUCUUCCUCCGCGUCAGCCUCCUGCUCUAGCUCGGCCACCCGCCGCCCGCCAACAGCUCCUCCCCCCACCGCCGCCACGUUGCCCAUAGCCGCCAUCACUGCCGACGCCCGCCGCCGAGGCAUUGCCUGCCUUGCAGAGCAGAGAAGGGGGAGAGAGAGAGAGAUGAGGAAGGGAGAGAAGAGGGGAAAAGAGAGAUGAUGUGGCCACACUGACAUGUGGGGCCCUCGUGAGUUCCACGCUGACUCAGCCAUCACGUCGGAUAAAACCGGGUUCAAAACCACCGAAGGACCUAAAGCGAAUGGAUUUUGUAACUCGAUGACAAGUUGAGGGACCUUCGGUAUACUUUUUCCUCUAGGAUUUGAUUCUUUUUGGAAUAGAGAGACUAUAUAUAAAACUUUACACAUAAAAAAGUUUAUACAAUUUAUACAUAUAUGUUUUGUACCUAUGUGUAUAUAAAGU